AUGGCGGUCUCACCGAGAGGUCACCGCACACACGUCACCCUGUCCUGUAGCAUUUGUUUUGAAGAGUUUCCCGACGCUAAAAUUCUACCGUGCUGCCACAGCUUCUGUUGGCGGUGUCUGAUCAACCACGAGGCCGAGAGAGCGGACUUCCCUUGCCCGGUGUGCGGGAAGACUGUCCACGUUCCCCGCGAAGGCAUCCAGGGUCUCCCCGAGCACUUGCCAAUCGAGGACCUACUCACGAGACUCGAGCCAGGUAGUAAACAACCGGGAUCGGGAAUCGAACCCGAGAAUGGUAAUCUGUUUUGCCAGCGGUGCAAGGUGCCUGUGACAAGCGAGCGAAUUCGGAGUCGCAACCACAGUGGCCACAAGAUCACCCCAUACCAACACCCUCCCCCCAUCCCGGAAGAAGUCCGUACCCAAGCCCGACCGGUCGUCGAGAAAUGUCUGGACGGCGUUCUCGGCCUCCACGACCGCCAGAAAAACAUCGACGCCUCGCUGCGACACCUGGAGGAAAACAAGCUCAAGAUUGCGGACGAGAUUCGGAUGGAGACUCAAAAUUGGAUCGCCGCCAUCUUGGUCCGACAGGACCAACUACUUCGAGACCUUGAAGACCGCACCGAAGACCAAAGGUCGAAUGUUGUCGAAGGAAGGCUGAAAAUCCAAGCCAAGAUAGCGGAAAUGUCGAAUCUGUGGGUACAAAUGGAUGACAACUUAUCCAAUGCAACAUUUUCGGCCGAACAUUGCGAUCAGUCAGUUGACCAGAUUUGUGGACCAAAAGAUGAUACCCUUCUUGAGAACAUUGCGAAAGACAGGGGGCCAAAUUUUGCCUUUGUCCCCAAACCACUACCGAAUGACGUAGUCAUAGUUGGGGAGCUUUCCUAA